AUCUUAACAAAAACAUUUUUAUAAAUUUAAUUUUUGGUACGAUGAUUACUUAUCAAUAUUCUUAAACAUCCCGUAGUUGGAAAGAUAUGUAAAAAGAGGAUAGGUCUUGAGAAAAAUUGACAAAUAAAUAUUAUCUGAAUUGUGUACUUCCCAAAUUCAUUUUACCAAGAAUGAUUUAACAACCUUUUUGCGAUUGAGAUAUUUAGGCGUAAAUACAUAUUUAUUAUAAAUAAUCAGAAUCAGUGCAGUCGAGCUUCACAAUAUCUAUAGAUUGGAUUUUAUGGAUAGUGGAACAUCCUGUUGAAAACUAUCGAACAAAAAAAUGAAGAUUCCGCUACUGUUUUUGCUUUUGGUGGUUUGCUUACAUGUCGACGCUUGGAAAUUUUGUCACAAAGGACGCUUACACGGAGGAAACUUAGGGGAGCCUGGUUCUAGAGGCACCCUUUCACGUUCUCCAUUCGUUAAGACGUUGUGGUUCAAACAAUGGCUGGACCAUUUCAAUCCUAGGAACGAGGAAACUUGGCAACAAAGAUAUUUCAUCAAUAACGAAUACUAUCAAGACGGAGGGCCAAUAUUUCUAAUGAUCGGAGGGGAAGCAGAGGCUUCCGAUAAAUGGAUGACCCAAGGUGCGUGGGUUGACUACGCCAAGAAAUUCAAAGCUCUUUUAUUUCAAGUUGAGCAUAGGUUUUACGGACAAAGUCAUCCUACGGAAGAUAUUAGUGUGAAAAAUUUAGUGUACCUCUCCAGCGAACAAGCUUUAGCCGAUUUAGCUACUUUCAUCACAAAAAUGACAGACGAAUUGAAACUAACAGGCAAAUGGAUAGCAUUUGGUGGUUCAUACCCAGGUUCUCUGGCCGCUUGGCUAAGAAUGAAAUACCCUCACUUGAUCCAUGGUGCAGUAUCUUCUAGUGGACCUUUGCUAGCUGAAGUUGAUUUCUUUGAUUACUUCAGAGUAGUUGAUGAAGCUCUAGAAUCUUAUAGCGAACAGUGUUUAGCUAACGUAAAAACGGCCCACGAACAAGUUAACCUCCUCACCAGACAUCCCCUCGGCAUGAGGAAACUGGAUGAAUCUUUCAAACUGUGCGAUCCGUUGCAGACUUUGAUCAAGGAGCAGAAGCACCUGUCCAAUUUUUGGGAUACGCUGGCCAACAAUUUCGCUGGCGUUGUCCAAUACAAUAAGGACAAUCGUAUCGGGAAGACGAAGGCCGGGAAUAUAACCAUCGAUGAUCUCUGCGGUAUAAUGCUCAAUGAGACAAUAGGAAUACCUGUUCAACGUUUGGCCGCCAUCAAUACCCUACUUCUCAACGCCACAAAUCAAACUUGUUUGGAUUAUAACUAUGACAACAUGAUCAACGAACUGAGAAACACAAGUUGGGAAGGAGAAGGAGCACGACAAUGGACCUACCAAACCUGUACUGAGUUCGGGUUCUACCAAACAUCCAGCUAUUCCCCACACGUAUUCGGCGAUCAAUUCCCGGUAGAUUUUUACAUACAACAGUGCGAAGACAUCUUUGGAUCCAGAUUUAACACCUCAUUUCUGGACAGAGCAGUAGACAGAACAAAUACGAUAUAUGGUGGACUCGAUAUUGACGUGACAAAUGUCGUUUUCGUUCAUGGAUCCGUUGACCCUUGGCAUGCCCUCGGGAUCACCAAAACCAAGGAUCAAGGCGCCCCAGCUAUUUAUAUUGAAGGAACAGCACAUUGCGCCAAUAUGUAUCCUAGAGAUGAUUCUGAUCCGCCUCAGUUGAAUCAAGCAAGAGUGGAGAUUGAAAAUCAUAUAGAUAGUUGGCUCAGACUAUGAAGUCAACCACUUCAGACAUUUCUAUCUGUUAGUUAAGGUUUAAAAAUUCAGGUAAAAUAGUUUUAUAAGA